AUGGAAGAACCAGGCGGAAUUACGACAAGUGUGGGGUACAUGGGAAGGCGGCCGGAUCCACGACCAGCAGGAGAGGUCACGAACAGGGCAGCCGAGCAAUGCAUCACUCAGUGUUUCCCAUUAGUGAAGCCUUGGGUCUAUGUGGAGGUUGAGGACAGCUUUCUGAAGAGUGAGUGCUUGAGAGCUAUUGGAGGUGGUGGCGUGAAGCGAGUUGCCAAUCAUUGUUUGGAAUUGGCGGUCCAGCUAGAUCUUUCGAGAGGUGAUGCGAGGGAAAUGGACCUGAACAUUGAGCUCCGACGGAAUAUCAAAUCUCAAGAACAUUAUUCACCGCAAAAAGACUGCAACAUCAAGAAGCAGCUUAAGCGCCAGAAAGCAGGACCCACUGAAAGAGUUGAAGAUUUGGAUGCUACAUUGGCAGGAAGCAGUGAACGAGAUCAGCGCAGUAUCGCCUUCGAGAGGCGAGGGGCAAGUCAGCUCGCAGAAAACCUCAUCCAAGUUGUUGAUGAAGAGAAUGUCGUUUCCGCUGAGGAAAUGAUGCACUCGGUGCUCGCCACUGUCAUUCACCCGCAGUCAUCAGCGAAUUACUCGCGCUGA